AUGCCGACGCCGCUCAUCACGACGCCAGUCAAGGUGGUCGACACGGCGAACAUCACGAUCAACGAGUACUUCGGGCACGUUGCCUCCAAAGAUGGCGCCGCCUCGUUUGCGCUCGUCGACGUGCACGCAGCGGACAAGGCCGGGUUCCAGACGGCGGCCUUCGCUGAAUUCGUGAUCUGCAAUAGCGGGGCGAUUGAUUUCGAGCACUCGGAUGGCCAGGUGACGCGCGCGCUGCCGGCGACGGCGUGCACAUUCCCGCGGACCCUCGCCACCGCUGGAUCUUCCCUGCGCCCUGCAGCUACACCGUCGUGUGCUUGCCCGCCUACUCUCCCGAGCUCUGCUGCGUGGAGGAGGGGGGCACAGUUGUAG